AUGAAAGAAAAAUAUUUUAUCUCCAGACUAAAAUUUCAAAUAUAUGUUUGCAUGAUUAAUAAGUAAUUUAUGGCUAUUCUUAAUUUUAAGGGAUUAGAGUGAAUGGAAAAGGAAGGCUUUGAAAGUAGUAAUUGUAAAUUUUAGAAUUUUCCAAAAACCUAAUAAACUUUAGAAAAGGUUCUAUAUAUAAAUUAACAAACAUAAAAUAAAGAAUGAAGUUAAGUCCAUCUAAGAUCAUGUUCCUAAAUUGGAUCAGGUUGGAGAUGAACUCAAAUCAAUUUUAUAUUUUCUCUAGUUAAGGACUUUGCUUCCCUUUAGAUCGAAUUGCGUAAUAAUAAUGAAUAGAAUUUCAAUAUGGGUGAAAUAUAAACAAAUAAUCAUUCUCAUAUUUAAGGGUUAUGUAGUCAUAAUUUCUACCACAUUUAAGUGAUUUUUUGAAUACUUAUACUAAGGACUCUUUGCAACCAAAUUUAAAUUAUUUGUAAAUAGGUAGUUAUUCUGAAACUUUUAGAAAAACAAUAGGUUUUGAAAACAAAGUUAAACAUAAAACAGCCAAAGAUAAAGGGAAUAAUUCAGAAAUAAGGAAUGAAAGAGGCACCUUAAGGAACGUACAGGUUAUCGAUAUCACAGCUCCUUUUUUUGUUGUCUUUGCUUUGAACUUUAAGUGCUGA